AUGGAUCGUACAAUUUGGCAGUUUGCUCUAUCCUCUUUGUGCAUUCUUUCAGGAAUAUCUGCAUCAUUAGGUGGUGGACAAUGGUGUGUGGCUAACAAAGGAGCUUCAAACUCUGAUCUACAAGUAGCUCUUAAUUAUGCUUGUUGUCAAGGAGGUGCAGAUUGCUCACAAAUUCAACCUGGAGCAAUCUGUUAUGAACCAAACACUCUCCUUGAUCAUGCUUCUUAUGCCUUCAAUGACUACUAUCAAAAGCAUCCGACACCUUCCAGUUGUGUAUUUGGAGGAACCGCGACGCUUACAAGCAAUGAUCCAAGUCAUGGAAACUGCCAUUAUGCAUCAUCCGGUUCAAGCUCAUCUCCAGGAUCGGACUCAGCCACAUCUGCUGUUCUUUCUUUGUCAUUGUUAUUCACAUGUGGUCUCUUGGUUUCACUUCACUUCAAGUAGCAAAUUAUAUAUAGACAAGAAAUUAACAAAU